CGAGUCAGCAGACGCUGUCGCGUGCGCCCACCGCGUCCCGGCGUGCAGAGGGUCCCAGGCCGCGGCCCCGCGACCCUCCGGAGCCGAGUCGGGUGUCCUCCACAGGGCAGCCCAGGCUGCCUCGCUCGGGUGACGUCAGCGACCCGGUCCCCGCCGCCGCCGCAUCCUCUGCGCCUGCCAGGAGCCGGCGUCCCCCGCGCUCUUUGCGCCCGGCCUGGCCAUGGCUUCGGUCGCGCUGAUGCCGCUCCUGCUGCUGCUGCUGCAGCCUCCGCCCGCCACCCCUGCACCGCCUGUCCGCGACCCCUUCGCCCUGCAGCUCGGGGAUACGCAGAGCUGCCAGCUGCGGUGCCGAGACCGCUACCCUAAACCGCAGCCGGCUCAGGAGGAGCCGGAGGAGGACCCCAUUGAGUCCCGGAAAGCCAAUGCGUAUGACAGGGCCGUCCUCAUCAGUGCUUGUGAGCGAGGCUGCCGCCUCUUCUCCAUCUGCCGAUUUGUGGCCAGGAGCUCCAAGCCCAAUGCCACCCAGGCUGAGUGUGAAGCAGCCUGCGUGGAGGCCUACGUGAAGGAGAAGGAGCAGCAGGCCUGCAGCGAGGGCUGUUGGAGCCAGAACCCAGAGCCGGAGCCUGAGCCCCAGCCUGAGCUGGAGCAGAAGAGAAAGGUCCUGGAAGCUCCGAGUGGGGCUCUCUCGCUCCUGGACUUAUUUUCCACCCUCUGCAAUGACCUUGUCAACUCGGCCCAGGGCUUCGUCUCUUCCACCUGGACAUACUACCUGCAGACUGACAAUGGGAAGGUGGUGGUGUUCCAGACCCAGCCUGUGGUAGAGAGCCUGGGGCAUGAGGGGACCCGUCUGCAGCGAGUGGAGGUGACCUGGCGGGGAUCCCACCCUGAUGCCUUGGAGGUGCAUGUUGACCCUGUAGGCCCCUUGGACAAGGUAAGGAAGGCCAAGAUUCGAGUCAAGACCAGCAGCAAGGCCAAGGUGGAGUCGGAUGAGCUGCAGGACAACGACUUCCUCAGUUGCAUGUCCCGGCGCUCGGGGCUUCCUCGCUGGAUCCUGGCCUGCUGCCUCUUCCUUUCCGUGCUGGUGAUGUUGUGGCUGAGCUGCUCCACCCUGGUGACGGCACCCGGCCAGCACCUCAAGUUCCAGCCCCUGACUCUGGAGCAGCACAAGGGCUUUAUGGUAGAGCCAGACUGGCCCCUGUACCCUCCCCCGUCGCACGCCUUUGCGGACAGCCCCCCGCCCUACAAGCUGAAACUGGACCUGACCAAGCUGUAGGCCUCCAUUGCCAAGUUCAGGGGCUCCUUGGGUCGCACUUGCCCUUUGCCUAGGAGUCUGGGUCAGGGUGGGAUCGUCCUUGGGCUCUUUCACCCCCCCAAAUUCUUCUUCUCUCCUCAGCCCGGCACCUCACCCCCCGGGAUCCUGGGGUUGCCAUGCCCCUGCUGGGGGGGCGGGAUCUGACCUUGGUUCCUCCCUGCCCCCCUUCCCCAGAGUGUGUUACUUUUGUCUUCUAUCGUGUAGCUUCUUGAGUAUUUGAACCCCCGUCCUGUGCUGCCUUCCUCCUCCUUCCUCUCUCCCCUCUCUGGGGGGCUGAGGCCACAGGGGAGCCGCUCUGUGUGAGGGCUUCCCCCUUUCUCCCCACCCCACCUCUGGAGAUGUAGCCCCGUGAGAGGAGGCCCCCCGCCCCCCGCAAGAGAGGAGGCGGUAGGAGGGCAAAGGAGGCUGGAGUUGCAGCAUGGGGGUUGGGAGGAAUAAACCAUGUAUAUAAA